CGGGGACGGGGAGGGGGUGUGGCCGGCGCGGGGGAAAUGGGGACCCGCGCGAGCGUGAGGGAAGCGACGGCGGCGCGGCCGGAGGCGGGAGGGGCGAUGGCGGGGCAGGAGCUGAGCCGGUCGGAGGUGUGCGGGAUGCUGCGGGAGGAGCUGAGCCAGGACGGGGCCUUCCUCCAGGGCCAGCCCCACGUCUUCAUCAUCCUCGGGGCCUCCGGCGACCUGGCCAGGAAGAAGAUUUACCCCACGGUCUGGUGGCUGUUCCGGGACGGGCUGCUCCCCGAUGACACCCGCGUCGUCGGCUUCGCCCGCAGCCCCCUCACCGUGGAGCUGAUCCGCCAGCAGACCCUGCCCUACCUCAAGACGUGUCCCGAGGACUCGUCCCGCCUGGGCGCGUUCUUCUCGCGGCAGAGCUUCGUGCGGGGGCAGUACGGGGAGCGCGACGCCUUCGCCCGCCUGGACGCCCACCUGCGGGGGCUGCCGGGGGGGGCGCGCGCCCACCGCCUCUUCUACCUCGCCCUGCCCCCCAGCGUCUACGUCCCCGUCACCCGCCACAUCCGCCAGGCCUGCAUGGGGGAGGGGUGGAACCGGGUGAUCGUGGAGAAGCCGUUUGGGCGGGACCUGGCCAGCUCCGACGCCCUCUCCCUGCACCUGGGGGGGCUCUUCCGCGAGGACCAGAUCUACCGCAUCGACCACUACCUGGGCAAGGAGAUGGUGCAGAACCUCAUGGUCCUCAGGUUCGGGAACCGGAUUUUCGGUCCCAUCUGGAACCGGGACAACGUGGCGUGCGUGGUGCUCACCUUCAAGGAGCCCUUCGGCACCGAGGGACGCGGCGGCUACUUCGAUGACUUCGGCAUCAUCCGGGACGUGAUGCAGAACCACCUCCUGCAGAUGCUCUGCUUGGUGGCCAUGGAGAAACCGGCCUCCACCGACCCCGACGAUGUGCGGGAUGAGAAGGUGAAGGUGCUGAAGUGCAUCGGGCCGGUGGAACUGGACGACGUGGUCCUGGGCCAAUACGUGGGCAACCCCGACGGCCCCCCCGAAGCCCAGAAGGGCUACCUGGACGAUCCCACCGUCCCCCCGGGCUCCACCACCGCCACCUUCGCCGCCGCCAUCCUGCGCGUGGCCAACGAACGGUGGGACGGCGUCCCCUUCGUCCUGCGCUGCGGGAAGGCGUUGAACGAGCGCAAGGCCGAGGUGCGGCUGCAGUUCCGGGAGGUCCCCGGGGACAUUUUUGGGCGUCAGUGCAAGAGGAACGAGCUGGUGGUGCGCGUCCAGCCCGACGAGGCCGUGUACACCAAGAUGAUGACCAAGAAACCCGGAAUGUUCUUCAACCCCGAGGAAUCCGAGCUCGACCUCACCUACGGCAAUCGCUACAAGGACGUGAAGCUGCCGGACGCCUACGAGCGCCUGAUCCUCGACGUCUUCUGCGGGAACCAGAUGCACUUCGUGCGCAGCGAUGAGCUGCGGGAGGCCUGGCGCAUCUUCACCCCCCUGCUGCACACCAUCGAGGAGAGGGGGGAGAAGCCCAUCCCGUACCUCUACGGCAGCCGGGGGCCGGCGGAGGCGGACGAGCUGCUGAAACGCGCCGGGUUCCUCUACGAGGGCACCUACCGCUGGGUCAACCCCCACAAGCUCUGAGCCCCACGGCGCCCCACGGCGCCCCACACUCCAGCCUCACCCCCACACACACCCCCCCAGCCUGCCCCAUAGCUCCCACACUCCGCCCCCCUUAAACUACAACACUUUGGGCCCCACGGCACCCCCUUCCUGCCCCAUAGCGCUGUUGUUCUGCCCCACAGCCCCCCCCAUCCUGCCCCACAGCCCCCCCCAAUCCUGCCCCACAACCCCCCCCAUCCUGCCCCACAGCCCCCCCAAUCCUGCCCCACAGCCCCCCCCAAUCCUGCCCCACAACCCCCCCCAAUCCUGCCCCAUAACCAGGCCCCUCAAAUCCUGCCCCCCAAGCUGGGACCAAAGCACCCUCAUUCACCCCUCCCCCCCCCUUAAUUACCCCCCCAAACUUAAUUACCUCCUCAGCCCUAAUUAGUUCCCCUCUCAUUAAGCCCACUCCCGGACUAAUUAACACCUCUCCUCCCCCCCCCAACCCCUCCCCCAUCACUUGGGGGGCAGCCCCACACAUCACUUAUGGGGCAGCCCCCCAAAACCGGCCCAGCCUUUUAUUUCUCACCCCACUGAUUGGGG